GACUUCCGGGGCGGCGGUUGCAUCAGAUUCGGGAGCUGUCGCCGGGGCCGAGAGGGACGAUGGCGGGGUCCACGGGGGAGCAGGGCAGAGGCCGGCGGGUGCAGCCUCACUGGUCUCCUCCGGCCGGGUCCGAGCCGUGCAGACUUCGCCUGUACAACAGCCUCACCCGGAGCAAGGAGGUGUUUGUUCCUCAGAAUGGGAAGAAGGUGACGUGGUACUGCUGCGGACCGACCGUCUACGAUGCCUCCCACAUGGGGCACGCCAGGUCUUACAUCUCCUUCGACAUACUGAGAAGAGUCUUGAGGGAUUACUUCAAGUACGACGUCUUCUACUGCAUGAACAUCACAGACAUUGAUGAUAAGAUCAUCAGGAGGGCACGGCAGAACCACUUGUUUGAGCAGUAUCUCCAGAAGAGGCCCCUGCCCGCUCAGCUCCUGGAGGAUGUUCACGCGGCCCUGAAGCCCCUUGCCCUGAAGCUGCAGGAGACCACGGACCCCGCCACGCUGCAGAUGCUGGCGCGCAUUCAGCAGGCCGUGGAGCGGGCCCAGGAGCCCCUGGAGACGGCCGUGCGGACCCAGCGCCCCGCAGACGAAGUCCGUGGCCUAGCGGAGACGUUGCUGGAACAAGCAAAGGAUCUGCUCUCUGACUGGCUGGAUUCCACGCAUGGCAGCGAAGUGGUGGACAAUUCUAUUUUCUCCAGACUGCCAAAGUUCUGGGAAGAGGAGUUCCACAAGGACAUGGCAGCCCUGAACGUUCUACCUCCCGACGUCCUCACGCGGGUCAGCGAGUACGUGCCAGAGAUUGUGAACUUUGUCCAGCAGAUUGUGGACAACGGUUAUGGCUACGCUUCAAAUGGGUCUGUCUACUUUGACACGGCCAAGUUCGCUGCCAGCGAGAAGCACUCCUAUGGGAAGCUGGUUCCGGAGGCCGUGGGGGAUCAGAAAGCCCUGCAGGAGGGGGAAGGUGACCUGAGCAUCUCGGCGGACCGCCUGAGCGAGAAGCGGGCCCCCAACGACUUCGCCCUGUGGAAGGCCUCCAAGCCAGGGGAGCCGUCCUGGCCGUGCCCAUGGGGCAAGGGGCGUCCGGGAUGGCACAUCGAGUGCUCCGCUAUGGCUGGGACCCUGCUGGGAGCCUCCAUGGACAUCCACGGAGGCGGCUUCGACCUGCGGUUCCCCCACCACGACAACGAGCUGGCACAGUCCGAGGCCUACUUUGAGAACGACUGCUGGGUCAGGUACUUCCUGCACACGGGCCACCUGACGAUCGCAGGCUGCAAGAUGUCCAAGUCGCUCAAGAACUUCAUCACCAUCAAGGACGCCCUGAAGAAGCACUCAGCGCGGCAGCUGCGCCUGGCCUUUCUCAUGCACUCCUGGAAGGACACGCUGGACUACUCGAGCAACACCAUGGAGUCGGCCCUGCAGUACGAGAGGUUCCUGAGCGAGUUUUUCCUGAAUGUGAAAGACAUUCUUCGGGCCCCUGUGGAUAUAACCGGCCAGUUUGAAAAGUGGGACGAGGAGGAAAGAGAACUAAACCAGAGCUUCUACGACAAGAAAAGCUCCGUUCACGAGGCGCUCUGUGACAACGUGGACACACGCACCGUCCUGGAGGAGCUGCGGGCACUGGUCAGCCAGUGCAACCUAUACAUGGCAGCGCGCAAGGCGGAGAGGAGGCAGCCCAACCGUGCCCUGCUGGAGAGCGUGGCCCUGUACCUCACCCACAUGCUGAAGAUCUUUGGGGCCAUCGAAGGGGAGAGCUCCCUGGGCUUCCCGGUCGGGGGACCUGGCACCGGCCAGAAUCUCGAGGCCACCGUGAUGCCGUACCUGCAGGCGCUGUCCGAGUUCCGGGAAGGGGUGCGAAGGAUCGCCCGGGAGAAGAGAGUGCCCGAGGUCCUGCAGCUCUGUGACACCCUGCGGGAUGACGUCCUGCCCGAGCUCGGCGUGCGGCUUGAAGAUCACGAAGGGCUUCCGACCGUCGUCAAGCUGGUUGACAGAGACACCUUGUUGAAAGAGAGAGAAGGAAAGAGAAGGGUGGAAGAAGAGAAGAGGAAGAAGAAGGAGGAGGCUGCCAGGAAGAAGCAGGAGCAAGAGGCGGCGAAGCUGGCCCGCAUGAAGGUCCCGCCCAGUGAGAUGUUCCUGUCUGAGAGAGACAAGUACUCCCGGUUUGAUGAGAACGGGCUGCCCACACACGACAUGGAAGGUAAGGAGCUGAGCAAGGGCCAAGCCAAGAAGCUGAGGAAGCUCUUCGAAGCCCAGGAGAAGCUCCACAAGGAAUACCUGCAGACGGCUCAGAACGGGAGCCUCCAGUGACACCUCGAGCCCCAGGCCCUCGGACCUACACUGAGUCGAGUCCGGGUGCCUGUCCCGCGCCCUCCGUCGGAGACAUUGCAAUAAAUCCUUCUAAACUCA